GAACAAACAGACAAAACACAACCAGCAAAGGUAAAAGCUCUGUGUCUUGUGCUGCUGCUUCUAAACCCUUUUCCCUUUAAAUUAAAAACCUCACCACUCCCAAUUCAAACCCCCAUUUGCUCACCUUUCUACAUGCUUCUUCACCCAUUUUGAAAAAAAAAGUUCACAUUUUUACCCUUUUUCUUUAAUGGGUCUGAUCCAAUUCAGCUAUAUAAUCACCCUACACUUGUAAUCUACAACUUCUGUUGAAAAAGAUUCAAUCUUUAUCAAAAAAAAUGGAAAUUUUCAAGUUUUUCUUGGUGGGUUUGCUCUGGUUUGGAGCAAAUGCUAGUUUUCUUGAAGAUGAUAAACAAGCAUUGUUGGAUUUUAUCAACAAUCUUGCACACUCACGCGACUUAAACUGGGAUGCAAACUCAACUACUGUGUGUAACCACUGGACUGGUGUCACGUGCAGUGAAGAUGGGUCACGUGUCACCGGUCUCCGCCUUCCCGGAGUUGGUUUUCACGGCCCUAUUCCGGCAAACACCAUUAGCAGACUCUCAGGUUUACAGAUCUUGAGCCUUAGAUCCAAUGGUAUUUCUGGAACUUUUCCUAUUGAUUUUUAUAACCUCAAGAAUUUAUCUUUACUCUACCUUCAGUUUAACAACUUUUCUGGUCCAUUACCUGUUGAUUUCUCUGUUUGGAAGAAUUUAACUAUAGUUAAUCUUUCUAAUAAUAAGUUUAAUGGGUCUAUUCCAAGGUCUGUUACAAGGUUAACUCAUCUUACUGCUUUGAAUCUUGCUAAUAACUCACUUGUUGGUCAUAUUCCUGAUAUGGGUAUUCAUGGGCUUCAAGUUCUUGAUCUUUCGAACAAUCAUCUCACAGGGGUGGUUCCAAAGUCAUUGCAUAAGUUUCCAAAAUCAGUUUUUGUAGGUAACAAUGUGUCGGUUUCGGAUUCAUAUGAUGAAGUCCCAAUUGUUAUGCCCACUCAUAAGUUUAAUCCAAAUGGUCGAAAUGGUCGGAAAUUGAGCGAUAAGGCGGUUUUAGGGAUAAUUGUAGGUGUUUCGGUUAUUGGGUUUAUUGGUUUUGCAAUUUUUUGGACAUUGUGUUGUUUUAAAAGGGAUAAUGGAGAUGGGAUUUCGUCGAAACUCGAAAAGGGUGGGAUGUCGCCCGAAAAAGCGAUUUCGAGAACGCAAGAUGCGAAUAAUAGGUUGGUUUUCUUUGAGGGGUGUAAUUAUGCUUUUGAUUUGGAAGAUUUGUUGAGGGCUUCUGCUGAGGUUUUGGGUAAGGGUACUUUUGGGAUGUCGUAUAAGGCGAUUCUUGAAGACGGGACGUCUGUUGUUGUGAAGAGGUUGAAGGAUUUGAGUGUUGGGAAACGAGAUUUCGAGCAACAAAUGGGGGUUGUUGGGAGUAUUAAGCAUGAGAAUGUGGUUGAGUUGCGGGCUUAUUAUUACUCGAAAGAUGAGAAGCUUACGGUUUGUGAGUAUUAUAGUGAAGGGAGUGUUGCUUCAAUGUUACAUGGUAAAAGAGGGGAAGACCGGGUUCCGUUGACUUGGUCAACCCGUCUUCAGAUCGCUAUCGGUGCAGCCCGGGGCAUUGCUCGGGUUCACGCCGAGACAGGCAUGAAGCUCGUUCACGGCAACAUCAAAUCAUCCAACAUUUUCCUAAACUCACAAAACUACGGGUGUAUCUCCGAUAUUGGUUUGUCAACAAUCAUGUCUCAGAUCGCCCACCCGAUUGCUCGGGCUGCAGGCUACCGGGCCCCGGAAAUCACCGACACCCGUAAAGUCACUCAACCCUCGGAUGUCUAUAGCUUCGGUGUUCUCUUACUCGAGCUUUUAACCGGUAAGUCACCGGUCCACACCACGACUGGCGAUGAGAUCAUUCAUUUAGUUCGGUGGGUUCACUCGGUGGUUAGGGAAGAGUGGACGGGUGAGGUUUUCGAUGUGGAAUUACUAAAAUACCCUAAUAUUGAAGAGGAGAUGGUGGAGAUGUUGCAGAUUGCAAUGUCGUGUGUCGCAAGGGUAGCGGAUCAAAGACCGAAAAUGGCUGAGGUUGUUAAAAUGCUGGAAGAUGUUCGACGGAAUGCAGAGUCGGUGAACCGACCGUGCGUGCCGGAAAGUUCCACACAGCCGCCGCGGCCGGAGGUCUUUGAGACUGAGUCAUCUGGUCUGUAACGAGUCUCGGGUUUCUUUCAUUACCUUGAUGAAUUAAUUUAUGAUACUUUGAUGACAUUGUUUUGUGUUGUAUGAUAUUUAGUUUGUAUGCAUGAUAUGUUUUUAUUUAAAUUUUUUU